AUGGCAACUGUAACAAAACCGGAUACAAAAAGAACGUAUCUUAGUUGGUUUGAAAAUCUCCACACUGAAAGAAAGGCGGCUGAAGGUUAUCGGAAUAUAUCAUAUGAUCAUCGUCAAUUGGUUAGAGCUACACGCAUCGAAACAGAUAUAAAUACAAAAUACGAUCAACUCCAAACAAAUAAUCAUUUAUCUGAUCGUAUAUGGAUUGUACGUCAAUGGCGUGAUAAAUUAAUUACUCAAUUAAAUAAACUCAAGCAAAAAGAUACUCAUUUAAAAGCUGUUAAACAUAAAACACAAGAAUUUAUGAUUAAAUUAAAUGAUUCAUUUGAUGUCAACAUUGAAUCUCUAACACAUUUGGAUCAUAGACAAAAUGAUGAGAAUAUUAUUGAUCCUGUUUUUAAGGAAUUAAACAAGGAACGUGAUCUAUUGAAAGAAAUACAAACAGAUCUUCAACGACAAAUCGACGAAGCAAUUCAUUUAUUAGUUGAAAUAAAUAAUGUAGCAAAACCAUUUUAUUCGGAUAUUCUUAAUAAAAAUGAAGCUGUACAUAUCGAUAUUGAUGUUUAUAAUUUGAAUGAAAAGUCAUCUUGUAUUAGUCAAAAACCGUUCUGUGAACGUUUACCAGAAAGCUCAAUAGAUUUGCAAACAUGGGAGAACAUAAGUUAUCAAACUUUAGGAAAUGCUGAAAUUCUGCAUAAAGCAAUCAACAGGAUGGCGAGUAAAGCUAGUCAAGUAGAUAAUGAACUACGUAGGCGUAUACAUGAUACUCUUAGAUCAUUACGUGAAAUCGAAUAUCAAAUUAAAAGUACUGAAAAUGAAAGAGAUGAACAUUUAAAAGAUAUAAAAAGUUUAGAAGAUACUAUCGGGAAUGAAAAUAUUCGAGAUGAUCCACAAUUAAGCCUGCUAGAAGAGUUAUCAAGCCUACGUAAUUGUAUUGAUAUGUUAGAAGAAAAACUUACAAAAUCUAGGAGUAUAUUGAGUAAUUUAGAACAGCAAAUUGUUCAACUACAUUAUGAUACUCAACAGAAACGUAAUGCUUUACAAAUUUAUGAAGAAAUUCAUAAUAUACGUAAACGUCUUGAUUAUACUACAAUUGUUGAUAAUGGUACAAAUACAAAUAAUCAUUUGUCAUCAUGUCCAAUGAUACCCAGUGGUAUUCAACGAGAACCAGUUUUAUUUUAA